GUUACAUGGCGUCAAUUUAAAUUAGUUUUAUAUUUUUUUUGCUUUUAAACAACUUUAUACAGUGAAAUAGUGUUCGCAUAAUUUGUAUUUUAAGCGAUUGAUCACCAUGGCGCCACGUAAGCGUAAAAUUAAAGUUAUUGCUGCAUCGAGCUCUCCAGAAAAAGCAAAAUACAGUGUCGUUGUCAUACAAACGAUUCUCAACGGACAGGAAAACGAAACUAGCCAUGCUAAGUUGCACAAGGAAUUGAAAAACAUUUACACAACCGUACCCCACGACUCGUUCAUGAAGUCCUUUAUACAAUCGUUAAAAGGCGCUAUGAGAAAUGAAGAAGCUAACGAGUACGCGAACAACCGUUUAAAAUUAUGCGCAAAGUUUAUUGCCGAUCCAGACUAUUGUGAACGAAGCGAGACUCAUCCUAUAAUUAUAACAGUAUUUGACUGGCUGUUGGGGACAAUCAGUCCAGUAGCAACCAUUCGCUUUCGCAUUUGCCAAUUUGUAAAUCUGGUAUUGAAUGCUAUGGGAUCGGAGGCAUCACUGGAUGAUGACAUAUGCGAUAAGAUCCUGCGAUACAUGUUAGAACGGAUGCGUGAUGUGGCCCCGAACGUGCGUGUACAAGCAGUACUGGCACUGCAACGGCUACAGAACCCAGAUGACCCGGAAGAUUGCGUUUUUCGGACGUACAUUUAUCACCUGGAUACCGAUCCGUCGCUUAAAGUAAGACAAACUAUCAUAACUUCAGUGGGUCGUAAUUAUCGAACCAUUCCGUACAUACUGGAGCGUUUGUGGGAUGUGGAGGAACGUGUUCGUCGUCAUACGUAUCUGCAGAUGAGCAGCUAUCCUGUGAAACAGUACAAGGUUGCCCAACGGUUGACGUUCUUGGAGCAAGGAUUAAACGAUCAUUCGGAGUCGGUUCGGAAGGUGGUUAAAAAUGUACUGAUACCGCAAUGGUUCGAGUCGUACCAGAAAAACUAUGUGCUAUUCGUUAGGGCUCUGAAGAUCGAUGCCGACGAAAAGGAAUUGGAACGGUUUCGGAACACGACAAAGUUGGCACUGUUUGAAAUUUUCUCGAAGUAUGGUAUUGAGGACGCAACUACUGUGCUGGGUUUCAACGAACAGGAUAAGACAGUACCGGUAGAGAAUCUAACGAUAGAAACAGCCAUCUGCUGGCAAGCACUACUGGAUUUCCUGCAGAAAACCGAGUCGGAUGAAUUGGAGAAUACGAUGGUGGAUCUAUCAACGUUCUGCAAUUACAUCGAAAAGUUCGUAGAAAAUCCUUCGUCAUGCACUUACAACCGAAUGCUGGCUGACGAUCCGUCAAUGAUGACCGAAAAGUUGCAAAUGAUGUACUUUCAGACAAUGCUACAAAUAUUGCUGGAAAUCGUAGACUCGUUCGAUUUCGGAGAUGAAUAUGGACGCGAUACGCUCAGGACUGUGCUGUCCAAUGUUUUGUGCACUUGCGACCUGGCCGAGGAGAAUGUUAAAAUCAUUCUUUUCAUCUUCGAACGUCUGAUAGGUGAUGUGGAAACUCGAUUCAAAUUCUUUGUAGAUCUGAUCAAUAGCGUACUGGAGCCAUCAAGGACAGACGUUUCUAACUCGUCCCGCUCGAUGGUUGAUGACUAUUUGGAGAAAAACCCGGACAAGUCUCUGCAGAUGAAAAUUUCUUCCCUUAGAUUAGCGAUCAUGGAGUUGAAGGAACAGGAAAUGAUGAAAGUCAACACGAAGGACUAUUCCGGAGCUCAACGUGUUUCGGAAGAGUUGAACAAGGCCAACGAAGAGUACGCUGCCUUGCUGAAACCAAUUCUAAUGGAGUUUUCGUCUAGCGAAGGUAGUACAAUAUACCGUGAGUCGUUGUUAAAGCCGAAGAAGAUUACGAAUGCGACCAUUAACAAGUGCUUACAGAUAUCAUUCUAUCUGGUGAAUAGUUCAACCGUACGCUCACUCACACCAAUCGUAUGUGAUAUGUAUAAAACUUUCAUCAGCCGCUAUGUGGAGACAGCAGACAUUGUAACUAGAGACUGGGCUCUGCGCUGUGCCACAGCAUUUAGUAUGCUGUAUGAUGGUUUGUCUAAAGAUACCUUCCAGUUGUUGUUCCAGCAGUUCUUUCGUAAUUCGUGUACUCGAAUUUGGCGGACGUCAAUUGAAGGCAUUUUCGAGUUGAUGGACCGGUACGGAUUUGAACACUUCGAGAUUGAGUCUAAGAAGGAUGAAUCGAGAAAAAAUGCUCGCCAGCUGUACAACACUAUGGAAUAUCUGGACCAGGAUGAAGAGGCCAACACUUCCAACACAGGCACCGGGGCUGGACUGAUGCGAAUGAUGACGCAUUUCUUUGAAACAUGUGAAGACAAUAUGAUCUGUAUUGCCAUCGUGGAUGGGUUCUGUCGCAUGAUCUUACGAGGACACUGCACUUCUCAGGAUAUCAUGGCAAAACUGUUGCUGAAGUAUUUCAAUCCAAUGACCGAGCCCAAGACUCAACAAAUUUUGGGUAUAUUUUUCGAGAAUCUAAUCAAAAAGAAACGUCAGGAGAUUCUGCAGAAAGCACUGCUCAGUACGCUGUUUAUAAUUUUGGAAGCACCCAACGAUAGCCCCCUACAGGAAGUGAAGCCUGAACACGUGCUGAAGUUCGUCAUCGAUUCAACCAAACCGGUUUUCUGCAGUCCAGGAUUAAAUCCGCACAAUCAAAUUGCAAUACAAUUUUUACAAAUUAUGCUGGAUAAUUUAUCCUACAAAGACUUACUCAAACUGCUCAGCAAAGAAUUACUUUCGUUAGAGAUCUCAGACGACUCGGUACUAAAGGGCAAUUUAACUAGUUGCACCGAAAAUAUCUUGAAAGAGCAAUCUUUGGAUAUGAAAGUUGUGAAAAAUUUGAAUGAUUUUAAGGAGAUGCUUCAAGGGACCUAUCGGGAACCAUUGUCUUUUUCAUCGUCACGAGUUCCAUUAACUAACGAAGAUAAAGAUGCAGCAGAAAACUCAGAACCGGAAGAGCCUGUUCUCGAAGUAGCCGAAGAGGAACCGGCUCGAGACAGCGAGAGAGAAAUACCUCAAAUCAAUAAAUCAUCUUUACAGAAGGACGACAGUAUAUUAAGUCAAUCGUCUCCGGCGAAGGCUGGACCUGCUUCGCCUGUACCACCGGCAACACCUUCUCCGACACUUACCACUUUCGGAGCGGAAAACACUUCUGGAAUGAAAUCACUGCGCAAGUCGAAGAACUUCUCUGGGGCGGCAGUAACGGAUAAAGUCGCACCGAAAAAUAUCUUUAAAGUCCCCGACGCAAAUACGGCAAAACAAUUACGUCAGAAGCAACUGAAAGCAGCGGGACGAAAAAAACAAUCUCCUGUUGAAGAUGAACCUAGGUCAAGUGCACCCGAGGAACACGACUGGAGAUCCCCAGGCCCCAGUGAAAUCGAUUCGUCGUUUUCUAUACCAUCAACGCAAGAUACAACCGCACUGUCUUCCGAUGGCGAUCAGUCUAUCCUUCAUUUGGAUAUUCCCGAGACUCAACGCUCGAUUUCCGAGGACAAUCGAACGGAGUCGGUUCGGCGGACACCCACCAAAAGAAAAAUAUCCGUGGAUAACAGAGAUGAACCUGUUUCUGCUUCCUCAGAUGAAUCGGUUGGUGGUAAAAAUAGGCACAUUGUUAGGCAACCUGAAGAAAAAGAACAAGAAGACGAAAAAGAAGAAGAAGUGGAUGUAGUCGAUGCAUCCCCAAAUGCCACGAUAAGCCGCCUGGACCGCUCGGUUAUCCGGACCGUAGUGAAAGCAAGCGCUAAAUCUACUAAAUCGAAAAGUGUGGAUCCGCAAACCAUACCGCGAACUCGCAUCACGACCCAGAAGGAGAUCAUCAAUAAGAAGGUGCUGACGCGAAAAUCACUGACGGAACUUUCCAAGGGCAAGGGAACAUCUCGUACCAGCCUAACGGGAAUUAUUCCGCUGGCGUUGAGUCCUGAGGUAGAGAAAAGAAAACAACCCACUGGUUCCUCCGAUAGAACUGGCACCGAAAAUGCAUCGAAAACAAAAACUCCACCGAAAGUGACAGCUGCUAAAGCGGCUAAUUCGACCAGAUCCGGUAGACGAUCAGGAGGGUCUAUGACGAACGAUUCCGAGUCUAAAAACAAGCAACAAGCUGUGUCGCCAAAACCGACAAAAAGUAAAACAACUGAAACAAAGAAGACAAAACAAACAACUGAAAAUUCACGUUCUGAAGUCGACGAGAGAACAUCAAACAAACCCACAAGAAAAACGGCGGAAAAACAGUCGUCCACAACAGGAAGCAGCAACAAAUUGAUGAACAAGACUUUGGAAGAGCGACAAUCCACAGUUCCUAAGAAAACUACGUCUAGAAAAUCUCUUCCUACGCGUACGACAAGGAAAACUUCGGAGAAGGAUGUUGCGACACCGGAUAAAUCCAUUGGAAAUCUAUCGAAAUCCAGAAAUUCAACAGUUAAAGAUCAAGUAUCCGACGAGAACAAGUCUUCGUCGUCAGUUGUGAACAACCGCUCUUUGCGUCGACAGCAAGCAGUCACCUCUCCUGCAACUCCUUCUCGGGGAAAAAAGGUGGCUCAGAAAAGCGCCAGUAACACUUCGCUAAGCAGCACCAGUAGCAAUCGAAGCCCGGCCAGUACAGAGAGUAGUGGCUUAUCACCAGACAAUCGUAUAACACCUUCAAAGCGAUCGGUAUCGACACGAGCUUCCAAAGGGCGCGUCUCAACUGUAGCACAGCUUUCAUCGGUUUCCUCUAUCAGUAGCAGCGAUUCAUCGACCAGCAGUCCGGUUCGUACUAAGCGGGCUGCUGUUACGCCCCUAAGUGCUGCCCGUUCGGUGACACGUGCCACGUCAACACCAACUCGACCGGCGAGAAAAUUGGCGAAGAAAUAGUCUAUCUUGAGUUGGAUAUGAACCGAUUGUUUGUUGUAUGAUAGAUUUUGUAAAACCUAUUUUUGAGUGUGAAGUUUAGAAUUUUUUUUUUCACUAUUGUCGACAGGUCUUUUAGUUAUCUGCUAGAUCAGUUUCUUUAUUUAUAUCACCAAUAAAUGCCACA